UGAUAUUCAUUGACGGCAUUAGCACAAACCUCUUUUUCAAAUACUCUUCCUUUGAUUAGCUUUCCUUGUUUUUGAAACCGGUACCUUUGAUCAAGUUAAAAAAUGGAAUACGAGGAUAAAUACAGUCUAACUCAGAGGCCUAAAUAUGAUUGCCUUUUGUUUGAUCUUGAUGAUACCCUUUAUCCAAAAAGUUCUGGUCUUGCGAGAGAGUGUGGGAAGAAUAUUAGAGAUUACAUGGUUGAAAAACUAGGCGUAGAAAAGGACAAAGUUGUUGAAUUGUCCGACCUCUUGUAUAAGAAUUAUGGGACAUCAAUGGCUGGCCUUACGGCUGUUGGUUAUGACUUUGACUAUGAUGAGUUUCAUAGUUAUGUUCAUGGAAGACUUCCAUAUGAGAACCUAAAACCAGAUCCUUCAUUGAAGAGUUUAUUACAGACUUUGCCUCUUCGAAAAAUCAUAUUCACAAAUGCAGACAGGGUCCAUUCCGUUAAAGCUCUUAGUAGACUCGGAUUGGAAGACUGUUUCGAAGGGAUUAUCUGCUUCGAGACUCUCAAUCCUACUCAUAAGAACACAGUUUCUGACGAUGAAGAUGAGAUCGAGUUCUUAGGAUCCGCCACCGCUACUACAACCGAUGCUCAUAGCAGUCGUCAAAUUUUUGACAUAAUUGAUCAUUUCGCGCAUCCCAACAAUGGUGCAACAUUACCCAAGACGCCCAUUGUUUGCAAGCCGCAAGAAUCCGCAAUAGAGCGUGCUCUCAAGAUCGCCAAAAUCAACCCUCAAAGAACAUUGUUCUUCGAGGAUAGCGUCCGCAACACCCAGGCCGGAAAAAACCUCGGUCUUCACACCGUGCUGAUCGGCAUUUCCCAGAGACCUAAAGGUGCAGAUUAUGCAUUAGAAAGCAUUCACAACAUCAAGCAAGCAAUACCAGAGCUGUGGGAAACUGGUAGGAAAUCCGAAGUCAGUUAUCCCAGCCAGGUUGCAGUCGAGACAUCCGUGACAGCUUAGAUCUAAUUGUUGUCCCCAUUCCUUGUUAUUGUUUAGAAGAUGAUGUAUAUUUCUAUAUAAAAUAUACAUCUAAUAAAAUGAAUGAAGGAAAAUCUCCUUUUUUUGA